UUAGACCAGCACUGAUUGAACUAUGCUACUCUGUGUAUAAUUAGUAAUUACUACUAUAGAGUUAUAUAUUCUUACUAAAUUUUUUUUUUCAUUUUCUUAAUCUACAUUAUCAUUUGUAUUUUUAGGUGUUAUUGUUCACAAUGUAACACUGGCAGUUACUGGAGCUGAUGAUCAACCUCUCUGUGAGGCUAACAUGUCAUUUCCCUUGGAUCUUAACGUUGAAAUCCACUUAGCUAGUAACUCCAGAACUUUAAAUGAUAAUGAAGCCUCAAACAUUUGGAACCUAACAUUGUUCACCAGUCCUCAGAGUAAUGGCAGCGUAAUCAGUGGCACUGCCACUGUCGUUCCGUUAACAGCUCAACAGUUGGCCUAUGGGGUAGACACUGUUAAUCCUCGGGUAUUUGAAACACCUGAUACUCCUUUAAAUACAUAUGGCUUGAUCUGUGAUGACAUGCAGUACCUCUGUAUCUUGGCUUCCAAGCGUAGUGAUGUUACACCAGAUAUUACUAUCUCCUUUCCAUCUGACCCAUCUUGUAUUCCUGUAACAUGCAAAGGUGUUAUCAUUGAUGGUGAUACUGGAAUUUUAGAUAUUUACAAUGAGAUCAAGGAGCAUUCACCAACUAAUAUUACAUUUGGUUUUGAGAUCGAAUCCAGUGCUUUAAGUGCAGUUCUGAGCGGAACAGACCUGUGGCAAUUCAAUGUGUUUGUCAGUGCAAAUCAGGAUGGCUCAGGAGAGCACUAUGGAGAAACUUUCGCUUCUCUAUCAGACGAACAGAAGAGCACCGUGAUAUCUACAUCUGGCUCAACAUUGGAGUUCACAGGUAUUGCGGCAUCAUUGGACUUGGCUGAUCUGAAGUGUUUUGAUGAUCCUACCACCUUUUACUACCUUUGUGUUGAGUUCAUGCGGGAUCCUGCAAGUACCCCAACAUUUAGUAUGACAACAGUUUCUGGAAAUCCUCUGACACCCUACUGUGCCGUUGCAAAUUGCCGUGGUGUUGAGAUCACAGGUACAUCUGUCUCUACCUCAAGUGGUGAUCCAGUUGUUGAAAGAAGUAAUAAUACAAUUACAUUUUCAAUGAUCGUCUCAUCUGAUGCGGAUGGGGCCAGUAUAUCUGGUGAUAAUCUUUGGAAGCUUACUGCAGAUCUGAAGGACAGGAAUAGAAAUAACUUCACCCCUGAAGAGAAUGUUGUGAUAUCUGUCAGUGAGGCCAGUAAAGACAUAACUGCAGGAACAGAUAUUCAGCUUUCGGAUCUAACAGUAACCGUAGAUUUAACAGACUUUAUCUGCCCUGCCACAGUUCAGUUAUGUGUUAUCCUGGAGAAAAAUGAUGCUGCCAAUCCAGAUUUCACAUUUGACCCAAAUACUGGUGUCUUCCCAUCCUGUGUAGAUAUUGACUGUGAAGGUGUUGUUAUUACCAGUUCUUCAUUGACGGAAUCCAGCGGUAUAACCUUCAAAGAAGGUGCAAGCAAUCAGGUUGUAGAUCUUGACUUGCGCUUCAUGGUGGCAGAGGAUGCAGGAGGAAUUGAUGGGAGUGAUCAGUGGGCCAUUGAAGUAUUUGUAAAUAGUGAGUCUGAUGGCACUGGUGUUAUGUAUUCAGAAUUGUAUGGUGUACUUCCACAGAAUGUUGCAAAUAUACCUGCCAUUCCUGGUGAGAACUUGGACUUCAGCUCAGUCUCGGCAACCUUGGAUUUCUCCAGCCCAAUGUACCUGCCAUGUGGUGACAUCUUUUAUCUCUGCGCAACCCUUAAGAAGGCUGAUACUGCUUCCAAGAACUUUACCCUCUCUGGUCGUCCAAAUGAUGCAUUAUUGACUGCUUGUGAACGCAAGGCAUGUGAAGGCGUCAUUGUAGAAAACACAGAGUUAACAUUUACCACAGAUAAACCAUUCGUCAAGGAGGGCAGUACAGAGACUCUGGAGUUUAACAUCUCAAUGGAACCUGCUAGUGAUUCUUCAACUUUAACCACUGGGGUGUCUUUGUGGUCUGUAAAAGCAUUUGGCAGCUCUAUGAGUGAUGGUUCUGGUGACCGUUCUGCUGUAGUCGCAGUAGACACUACAGGGGUUGGAGCAGUAGGAGUUACUCCAGGAUCGAAUACAGAUCUCUCAUUACUUUCAGUAGUCUUUGAUUUGUCAAGCAUCAGCUGUUCAAGUUUUAUGUACAUGUGUGUGGAGGUAUCACGCAAUGAUGCAGCAGAUCCACUCUUUUCACUUCAAGGUUCACCAACAGGCGAUGCCCUUGUGGGAUGUUCUCCAAUUGAAUGUAUUGGUAGGUAGCUUUUAAGGAAUGUG